CUUUAUUCGUCGGUUUUUUUUUGCCGCAGAUUUUCUGGUACUGUUCUUCCUUGGACCUCCAACAUCCAGUAUCCUUCCAAGGUUCCUCCUACCUGCCAUGCUGCACUGGUGAUCGACCAACAUGGCGGGAGCUUCAAGAGACGAGAGAACACCGCUCCUCAAUGGCUCGACAAAUGGCCACCAGAAUGGAACCACCACUGCCAAUGGGCCCAUUGGCAACGGGAACGGCAUCGGCAACGGCACGGUGGGGGAGUAUGACGCCGCCGAGGCCAAGACGAAGGGAUCCUGGGCCACGCGGAUCUUUGGGCCCCCAAACACGAUCAAGGUCCUCCUUGCCGGCUUCAUCAUCACCUUCGCCUUCAGCUUCACCCAGGUGCCCAUCUUCUACGUCUUUCACCUGAUGGAAUGUGAUGUCUACUAUGAGACACACCCGCCGCACACCGGGCCAGGAGACCGAUGCUCCGUCAACGAGAUCGCAGCCGGGACCGCAACCCAGUUCUCAAUCCUCGGCAUGAGCACCACCUUUUGCGGGACCGUCAACCUUUUCAUCACGGGCUGGUCCAUCAAGAAGUGGGGACCGCGCGCCGCACUCGUCCAGCAGACCUUCAUCCCGGCCAUCAGGGUCGCCACCCAGGUCAUUGGCGUGCUGGCCGGUGGCAACGCAGGCAUCACAAUCAUCCAGACCACGCAGCUCAUCACCAUCUUCGGCGGCCCGGCAGGGUACAUUCUCGUGGUCAACACCAUCGCCGGGGAGCUGGUGGAGCCCAUGCAGCGCACCGCCGUGUUUGGCCAGCUGCAGGCGUGCAUCAUGCUCGGCCAGGCCAUCAGCUACCUCCUGGGCGGCAUGGUCGGCGACGUGUUUGGCAUAAGGAUGCCCUUCCAGGUUGCAUUUGUCCUGUUCCUGUGCGCCACGCUCUACUCCCGCACGGUGCUACCCUACAUAGACCCGGCGUCGCUCUCGGACGGGAAGAAGACAAAGGCCAAGGGAGUCAAGGGCUUCCUCGCUCCGCUCAAGAUCCUGGCCCCACAGCGCAUACGGUUCAUGGACGGGCGCGUGGCAAACCACUUCGGCGUCUUCUUCCUGUGCUGCGGCAUCUUCCUCGCCGUGCUGGCGACCAGCUACGGCCCGCUGCUGAUCCAGAUGUACGCCACGGCAUACUUCGACUUCACCCAGGCCGACAACGGCUGGCUGAUGAGCGGCAACGCGUUGUGCAGGAGCAUCUUCUUGUUCUUCGCCUUCCCAAAGAUCAUUGACGCGGGGAGGAAGUGGUGGGUUAGGAAGGUUGAGGGCCCUCGGAAUGCUCCGCCGCCAGCCAAGGACCCGAACGCCCUGUCCCGAAUACCAUCGCGGCCCGAGCAGCUGGAGGCGCCGAUGUGGUCCGGCAACCAGAACUUGCAGGAGGAGUCCAUGCCUGAGCCUGAGACGCGCCUCGACCAAGACCGGACCGCAAGUCAGUUUGAUCUUUUCUUUCUCCGAUGGAGCCUGCUGCUGGAUGGGUUGAUGACUGGUGCAGCUGCUCUGUGCACCGAGAGAUGGCAUAUAUUCCUUGCCUCAUUCCUGCUCCCAUUGGGGUCUGGCUCGGCUCCCGCCGCGAAAGGUGUCAUCACGGAGAUGUGCUCGCACGGCGACCGUACCGACGCCCUGAACGCGGUGACACUGGUGGAGAACAUCGCGAGGCUGGCCACGCAGGGCCUCUUCGGAUUCAUUUUCUCUGCCCUGGCCGAGACCGGGAAGGCGUACAUGACCUUUCAUGUCAACGCUGCGCUUGCGAUUGUGGGCAUGGCAGUGCUGUAUCUAUCACAUUUCCCCCCAGCGAACGCCACUAUAUUGGAGGAGAACGAGGGCGGUGAUCAGGACGACUCUGCGGACGUUGAUACCCCGAAUCUCGCCAGAGUCACCUCCCACGAGACGGACCGAUGAAAAGCUACAGAAUGCACAUUAUAGAAGGAGAUUGAGAGCGUUGAUGCGGCAUUUUCUAUGAUUGGCACGUUGGAGGCUGCUUAAAUCAUCGCCGGCAAGCGUAACGGCUGCUCUUUUAGAGAAGACAUAUCACGUAUAGUGUUAAUGAUACCAAGAAAUUCGAGA